UUUAGAAAAAGGUCUGUAAUUUGCUGGAUCUUCAUUAUGGCUAGCAAUGGUAUGAGACCGCCAUUGCCUAGACCAUAUGCAAGAAAUGGUCCACAGUGUAGAAAAUAUCGUCGUACCAGAAGUGCCCCUCUUGCUAAUUACGGAGCCCUAGAGCCAAAAUGCAUGGCCUCAUCAGACUCAUCAGUUCAAGAACGUUCAAAAUCUGUUAUGCAUUUGAGUUUUGUUAAAGUAGCUAUAUUCUUGACUGCCUACUUAGGAUUGGGAACUCUUUGCUUCUCCCUCGCCGGGCACCAGCUCAAGGGGGAGAAGACAAAUGUAGUUCUUGAUGCUGUUUAUUUCUGUGUUGUGACCAUGACCACUCUCGGAUAUGGAGACAUAGUGCCCAACAGCACUCUAGCGAAACUGCUGGCUUGCGCUUUUGUCUUCACAGGAAUGGCUCUCGUCGCAUUGAUCUUGAGCAAAGCUGCAGACUAUUUGGUAGAGAGGCAAGAACUAUUGCUUAUCAAAGCCUUGCAUAGGCAUCAAAAGUUUGGUGAGGUCGUUAAUGAAGUCGAGACUAAGAGUGUGAGGUACAAAUGUGUUACGGUCUUUAUCAUUCUUUUGGUUCUUAUGGCUUGUGGCACGAUCUUCCUUGCUACAGUUGAGAAAUUGGACAUUGUGGAUGCAUUUUAUUGUGUUUGUUGCACCAUCACAAGCCUUGGGUAUGGAGAUAAGAGUUUCUCGACUGAAGGCGGGCGGGUUUUUGCAGUGUUCUGGAUACUGUCAAGUACUACCUGUUUAGCUCAGUUUUUCCUCUACGUUGCUGAGUUGAACACCCAACAUAGACAAAAGGCUUUGGUUAACUUGAUUCUUACUCGUGAAAUAACCAAAGUUGAUUUGGAGGCAGCUGAUCUUGAUGAUGAUGGAGUUGUUGGGGCUUCUGAGUUUGUCAUAUACAAACUCAAAGAGAUGGGAAAGAUUAACCAAGAAGAUGUCAGACUUGUAAUGAAGGAGUUUGAAGCUCUUGAUGUCGACCGGGAUGGAUCCUUGUCGAUUUCAGAUGUAACGCUUGCUGAAUCAUCUACUCCCUGAUCCAAAGUUCAUAGAUUUAUAGAUACAGACAUUGCUUCUUUGCUUAACCAGUACGUUACGUUUAUGAUUGCAUGAUGGUAUGAAUUUACACAGGAGGCCAUACCAAAAGCCCUUCAAUAUCUCUUCC